AUGAUCAAUGAGGCGGAUCUGCGGCGUCCAAACGAAGGAGGAGUCUUGAAGGGAUCAUCACGCCGAGCCGCUCAGUCAGCGAGUCUCACCCACCUCCAGUCUCAUCCAUCGCCAUCAUCACCACUGACCUCAUUCCUCGCCGGUUUGGUUGGCAGUUUCGGCGGCGUUGGUGUAAUUUUCCUCGUCCAUUCUUGUCGCUCGUCACCAGUGCCGCAUGAAGGCCUGACCGUCAAUACAUUGGCGACUGUUGAUUUGUUUGUUGUCUGCAUCACUGCACGCCUCAGUACCGUACUGCGCUGCGCCGCCAUCCGUUGCACCUGUCCUGCCCGCACAUCCUGGGUCGUGUAUGCGCCUUUCCCGCCAGACAUGCUGAAUUCCGCCCAGCCCACCCCUUCCUCGCUGUAUGCGGCGGCGACUACCAGCACCACCCCGACGUCGCCUAGUCGCCCGAGCAGGCUGCGCGGGCUCUCGUACCUGCGCUCCUACACCCACAACCACCUCCACUCCUCACGCUCCGAUCCGCCGACCUUGACCCGGUCGACGUCCUCUCCCGGCGUGGCCAGCCCUACCACUGCUGCGACGCCGACACCCAUCGCACAGCAACCACCACAGCAGCCCGUUCCCGAGCGGGGUAGCCAGUCCGCCAUUCAGAGCGUCGAAGGCGGUUGGAUCCCCAGAAGCGGUCUCAUACGAGAAAGCGCGCAGCCGACCACCACUUCCACGCCAGCCUCGCCCGAACCCGUGAGCUCUUCGACGAUGAUGACCAGGAGUCGCACAGCCAGCAGCUUGCUCGGUCCCACGCCGACUGCCGUGCAUCCUGCUCAACGACGACAGCCUGCAUUCGAUAACACCCCGACCACCGAUCCCUUCACCAUGCUUGCGCCGUCUGCUCCUGCGAAUACCGCGGCGGGACCGAGCAAAGACCAGCUACCCACCAUACGCUUCAUCCCGCACGUCGAGACCCGCUCUUCGCGACCUUCGUUGCAGUUCACCGCACUAUCACGCACCUUGAAGAAUACCACGGCGGUCGUUCGCGUGGGCAGGUACAGCGAGCGGGACAACCACACUGGAGAUCCAAACACUCUACCGGUAGGCUUCAAGUCCAAGGUGGUGAGCAGAAGACAUUGCGAGUUCUGGUGCACGGAAGGACAGUGGUACAUCAAAGACGUAAAAUCCAGCUCGGGCACGUUCUUGAACCACGUACGGCUCUCAAGUCCUGGUGUGGAGAGUCGGCCAUAUCCCGUUAACGAUGGGGAUGUUGUGCAGCUCGGCAUCGACUUCAAGGGUGGAGAAGAGCUCAUCUUCCGGUGCGUCAAGAUACGGGUUGAAUGCAAUCGUGGCUGGCAGAAGAGUUUGAACUCUUUCAACACCGCCGCCCACAAGAGGUUGUUCAAGAGCGCGCUCAAGACGAAGAACCGAGAUUCAGAUGCUAUGAGUGUCAACAGCUCUGAAUGCUCCAUCUGCUUGAACCCAGUGGCUCCAUGUCAGGCUCUGUUCGUAGCUCCAUGCAGCCACGUCUGGCACUACAAGUGCGUUCGCAACCUCAUACAUGGCCCACAAUGGCCGAACUUUGUCUGCCCGAAUUGCAGGUUUGUUGCCGAUCUGGAUGCAGAUGUGGAGCAGCCCGAGGAUGAGGACUACAUGUACGAUGAAGAGAUGCAGCACUCGACUGAGCAGGUCAACGGCGGUGUCGAGGCUGGUGGUUCCGACGAACAGUCGCCAAACUGGCAAUGUCUCGAGAGAUGA